UGCUACGUUACGUGCGCUUCCUCCCUCCCUCCCUCCCUCCCUCCCUUUCCUCGGUGCAGGUGUUGUGUUAUUAUUGAUUGAAGUUAUUGCAGAAGAAGCCAGGGGGCCGGCCGUUGAAAGGCAAAGCCGGUGCCCAUUUUCCUCUUUUUGAAACCAUUAAUGGCCGCUAUACAGUCAUCCAUAGCAGUACAACUACAAAUAUAUGUUAUUUAUCCAUGUUAUUUAUAGCUAAACUUAUCCAAACAAAGUAGUGGAGUUUUGGUAACUGGAGGUCAUUUGGAGCGUCAACCAAACCAAUUCUGUGUGAGCGUAUCUGUUGCACGCGGUAGAUGCUUUGGGUUAUUGUUUUCGGGAGUUGAUUAGGACAGGAUUAGGGUUCGGUUGGGUUUGUGAGGUGGCUGAUGGAGCAGGGGGAACUGGACGACAUAAUCCGACGGCUUCUGGACGCGAAGAACAGCAGGACUCCUAAGCAGGUUCAGCUCACCGAGUCUGAGAUUAGGAAGCUAUGCAUGACUUCUAAGGAGAUCUUCAUCGGUCAACCGAAUCUCUUAGAAUUGGAGGCACCUAUCAAGAUUUGUGGUGAUAUCCAUGGUCAGUAUACUGACCUUCUCCGAUUGUUUGAGUAUGGUGGUUUUCCUCCUGCAGCAAACUAUCUAUUUCUGGGUGAUUAUGUAGACCGUGGUAAACACAGCAUAGAGACCAUAUGCUUACUCCUGGCUUACAAAAUCAAAUUCCCAGAAAACUUCUUCCUUUUGAGAGGGAACCAUGAGUGUGCUUCAAUUAAUCGAAUCUACGGCUUCUAUGACGAGUGCAAGCGGCGAUUCAAUGUUCGCCUCUGGAAGAUAUUCACUGAUUGCUUCAACUGCCUUCCUGUGGCUGCACUCAUUGACGAGAAGAUCCUCUGCAUGCAUGGAGGACUUUCACCAGACAUGAAUAGCUUGGAUCAGGUUCGCAACAUUGCUCGCCCUGUUGACGUGCCUGACCAGGGCCUCCUUUGUGAUUUGCUUUGGGCUGAUCCUGACAAAGAAAUUGAGGGCUGGGGUGAAAAUGACAGAGGUGUUUCGUACACAUUUGGGGCUGACAAGGUUGCCGAGUUCUUGAACAAGCAUGACCUUGAUCUCAUCUGCCGUGCCCACCAGGUUGUGGAAGAUGGGUAUGAGUUUUUUGCAAAGAGGCAGCUUGUGACCAUAUUUUCGGCACCUAACUAUUGUGGGGAGUUUGACAAUGCGGGUGCUAUGAUGAGUGUUGAUGAGAGUUUGAUGUGCUCAUUUCAAAUCCUAAAGCCAACCGAGAAAAAGGGAAAGAUGGGAUUUAGUAACAACACAUCAAAACCAGGGACGCCACCACGAAAGGUUAAUACAAAAUAGUUACUACUAAUGGUCACAGCUCACCAACAUUUUCAGCUGUUUUUAUUGAUGGUGCUUAGGGUGGCAAGGGAUGAUUGGCAGUUCAGUGUGACAUGCAAUUGGGAUUCGAGCUACCACAUACAGUCAGUUGUGGAAAGACGGCACGGUUCGGGGAUGAUGAGAUCCUGUCUGCCUACGUCAAUACUGGCCAUGGGCAUUUUGGCAUUUACUUAUAAUAGCACUGUCCUUGUUUUAUUAUGACUGUAAAAUAUGCAUGAUUCCUUGAGAACAAGGGAUGUCUCUGAGGGCCCUCUCGUGAAUUGUCUUUAAAGAUGAGAAGGCAUAGAAACAUAAAGCAAAUCUGAAACAGGUAAAGGGAUCUUAAGCUAAAAUAGACAAAAACUGAUUGGUGUACUUUGGUUGCCAUUAACUUGCUGGUAAGUGUAUGAGACGGUUAAUUACACAGAGCUCUCUUUUUAAGAUUGUGUUAUCUUUGUUAAGGAUGUGCUGACCUAUUUGGCUGCUGGCACGCAAAGGUAGCAUGAGAAAAUGAGAUCCAGCCCUCUUCCUGGUUU